CCGAUCCAUUCGUACACAAAUGCUGCCGCUGUACACAUCGACGGUCGCGUUUUGGCGGUACGAAGAAAUUUCAGUGAUUUCGACGGAAGUUAGCAUUUCAAGUGUCCACUCACUGACGCCUGCUCGAGACUCCGAGUGCGUUGUUGCGUCCAGUGUGUGCUGAGUGUGUGUUUGUGUGUGUGUGUUGACUUUCCCCUAACGGAAGUACGCUCAACAAGUGGUUAUAUACACUAGCUUGUUCGUUUGUCGCUGUAUGAGGCGGUAGAAGCUGUACAGCUUCGAAAAACACGAUACUCCCGUUGCCGGGGCGGUGCGUUAGUACGACACAAUGGCUACGUCAUUCUUUGGCUCCUCGACGACGCCCGCACCUAUGGCGUCGGCGGCCGGAGCCGGUACCGUUGGGCUGUUGGACAAGCUGGACCGCUUGGUCAGUACGACCGUGCUGCACGAGGCACGCGUGUAUCCUGUAACCAUACCGCCGGCCACAGCAGGUUAUCGACCGUCGGACGCGCUGGGCAAUGUGUCCGAAAUGAGUUCAUCAGUACCCGCCGCCAUCUCGCCGACGGUUCUGACCACUGUGGUACAGACCGAUGAUUUCGUCGUCCUGCCAGGGCCAGAGGAUGUGCUGCUACUCAACACGACCACUGGACUGUACCAGCAAUCGGUGACGCUAACCGCACGAAUGUAUCCGAUUGAGGCCACCGCGGCAAAGUCGAUCUGGGGCCUACCGACGCUGAUCUGGGGUAUACUGAUCGGAACGGUCGUGAUACUGAUACUGAUCCUAGCGACACUCUUCUUCUGCUGCUGGGUGCAGCCACGUACGCGCAAACUGCUCAACUCGAGCUACUACACGACGACCGCCAACAACGGAAACGCCUCCCAAAGCUCGAUUGUAGCCAAAUCGUGCACCAGCAGCGACUCGAACCAACUAGUGAUGCCCCUAUCGAUCGGCAUCUGUCCACCGCAGUACAGUGCCCCGCCACCGCCCUCCACCAGCACCAACACCCCGCAGCACACCGCAGCGAGCGGCAGCAACAGCUCGCUACAUCAUGCUUCAACCCACCCUGCCGGCGGAUGUGCACACCAUACCUGUAGCGCCGUCCCAGCAACCACGACCAACCAGCAGCAGCAGCAGUGCAACAGCAUGGCAUCCGGUGGACAAGACUACGGCCACCUAAAGUACGGCAGUUCUCCGCAGCAGUACGCCGCCCAGCAGUACGCUCACCAUCAUCAUCAUACACAGCAGCAGCAACAGCAGCAACAUCACCAACAUCAAUGUAUACAUUAUCAACAACAGCAACAACAAUACAAUCAACAGCAGCAGCAACAGCAACAUCACCAUCACCAGCAGCAGCAACACGUACAGCUGCAUGGGCACCACAUACACGGACAGCAGCAGUACAGUCCCUACAACCAGCACCAGUACUAUCAUCAUCCAUCAGCUCAGCAGCAGCAGCAGCAGCACCAACAACAACAACAACAACAACAACAACAGUACCUUCACUAUCAACAACAUCAGCAACAACAUCACCAGCAGCAACAAAGAGAGCACCAUCAUCAGCAUCAUCAACAGCAGCAACAGCAGCAGCAGCAACAACAGAUACAGCAUCAACAUCAUCAAUCUUCCUCAGGUCAUAACCACCAGUCACCACAGCAGGGUCAGCUGGUACACACGCAACUGCACAAGUCGAUGUGGGCGAUCAAUCCACUGUACGCUUCCAGUGGAGUGAUCGACGAUGAGAAUGAGGGUGACACGAGCACCACCUACCGGACACGAUCCCUACCUUCGUGGGGUAAGAAUAAGCAGCGCCCGCUUUCCAAUGCGGACGAUCUGGAGGAGCUGUACGCGAAGGUGAAUUUUAGUAAAAAACGACGCAACAGGAUGCGCAAUGAUGAAGCUGCCAUUAUUGCUCUGUGCCGGUCGCGGUCGCAAAAUCUUGCCGCACUGCCCCACGCCGCCGAUCAGGAUGCAGUGGUCGUGUACGAUGAACGCACUGCCCUCUAGAUCAAAUGCAGACUUGCUGGUAGUUCUCUUACUGUAAAUCGAAAGGAAAAAAAAACACGUCAAUAGAUAUUUGUAGCUAUAGAAGGUGGAAAGGAAAGGAGUAUUAUCUUAGGCUGUCGUCACCUGUCACCGGUGUAAAGAAUCGCUCUAGUCUCUAGUCGCAUACGUUCGUACACGUGCGCGUAGUUAUUGAAUCACUUCUCUUUGCAUACGUUUGCAUACCGCAACCACCCCCAGUGCCAUUUUAGCUCCCGUUAGUGUUGAGUGAGCGUGCGUGGAAACAAUUUCCUAGUGUUCUAGCUGAAGUAACAACAACCCAAAAAAUAAAAAAAUGCUCAAUUGCACUUGAAGACAGUGAAGUAAGCAAACGAACAACCAUCGACGAUAGCAUCAAUGUGCGUCAUAUUGCAUCGGUCAUUUUUAAUCACCCGUUGUUGCAUUCCAUCAGAGUAGCAUAAAAUUCGUAUCCUUCUUUAAAAACGAUUUCAUGUUCCUCACCUAUUUGCGAAGAGCGUACUGUAAGUUUAAACAUACCAGAAACUCGCCACAUGGUGGUAGCAGCAUUCGUCUUCAGCCUAUCAGGUGCAAUUUUGCGCGAAACGACUAAACUUCUCUUCGGCUAGCGAAUUUUGAUGGUUGCGUAAACAAAUUAGCUAGUAUUAACAGGAACCGAUUAAACGAAAACCCUCCCCAAUCCCCCCCCCCCCCCUUAUGUCACACAAAAGAUGUACAUGUGUUGAAAAGAAGACUGAUGAACGAACCCGACAAAAAAAGUACUCAACUCCCGCUGAUAUUUAAUAGUACUUUCACAUCACCGUUUGUGGAUCGUAGGUGUAUCGAUUGGGCUGGGGAAGAAGAAACUCGUUCGAUUUCGUAAAUAUUCCCAUUUUUAUCUACAUCUACAUUGCUGCCGAGAGAAAAGCGGACCGUUGGAAACGUUCACGGCAAAAACGUUCAGUAUUUUAGAACGCCUGUCCAAAACCUUCCCAUUCACUACACAUUGUUCGGAGUAGGAAGCAGCUAGCAGAAAGUUAGUAAAAUGUUUAAACCGCGCCAACGCUUUUUAGUUUAAAAUGGUGCCGAGUGGAAAUCCCGGAAAUAGCACCGUAGCUAAUAAAGCGCAGUAGAAACGUUGUGUUAUUUUUGUGUGUGUGUGUGGAACGCCAAACUAUCGCGGAAAUGGAAUGUAUGCAAUUUCUUCUUGCCGGAUUAAUCUUAUCAUUCGUCGUAGAAAAUCAUUAGCAAACUCGUUAAAUGGAAAUUGUAUCGAAACAGUGGAUCCAAGGGGCUUGAAGCUUGGCCGCGUACAGGUAAUGAGAUAGACAGAGAGAGAGAGAGCGAGAGAGAGAGAGAGAGAGAGCAAGAGAGAGAGAGAGAUAGAUUGAUAAAGAGAGCGAGGUAAUCAACGUGUUGGAAUUAUUAGAAAAAGAGUGGGCAAUCAUGGUUAAGGGCAGCCGAGAGGCUAGAAUGGAACACGAACAGGAAAAUAGUAGAGAAAUUUGUAACAUGCGAAUAUAGUUGGAAUGUAUAAAGUGAAUUGAUGAAUUAAGCUAAAA